CACAAUGGCGCAGCGCUCGGGGAAGAUCACUCUCUAUGAGGGCAAGCACUUCACGGGGCGGAAGCUGGAGGCCUUCGGGGACUGUGACAACUUCCAGGACCGGGGCUUUAUGAACUGAGUGAACUCCAUCCGCGUGGAGGGCGGAGCCUGGGUCUGCUUCAAUCACCCCAACUUCCGGGGCCAGCAGUUCAUCUUGGAGCACAGCGACUACCCCGACUUCUUCCGCUGGAACAGCCACAGUGCCCACAUGGACUCCUGUCGGCCUGUAGGAAUGCACGGGGAACAUUUCCGCCUAGAAAUCUUCGAGGGUUGCAACUUCACGGACCAGUGCCUGGAGUUCCUGGAGGACUGCCCCUUCCUCCAGAGUAGGGGCUGGGCCAAGAACUGCGUGAACGCCAUCAAGGUGUACGGGGAUGGAGCAGCACGGAGCCCUAGAAGCUUCGGAGCUGAGGACUUCCAGCUGAGCAGCUCUCUUCAAUCAGAUCAAGGGCCGGAAGAGGCCACCACAAAACCAGCAACAACCCAGCCACCUUUCCUGACUGCAAACCUCUGAGCCUGGAACCGAUCGACAUGAAGCCACAGCAGAUCUUCAGUCAAAGCCUGUUGGAUGAAUUUGAGCCCAGGGACGUCAAAAAAAAAAAAAAAAGAAAAGAAAAGAAAAGAAAAAAGAAAAAGACAAACUAACAAAAAACUUGUCGAAUGAGACGGUUUUAAAGGUUUAGCUCCAGAGUUUCAGUUUGUGAAGAUGACAGAGUUCUGGAGACAGACAGAUGGUGCUGACAGCCGCACAACUAUGUGUGUGCACUUAAUGCCACUCAACCACACACUUCAAAUGGUUAGGAUGAUAAAUCGUAUGUGUAUUUUGCCAUAAUCGAAAAAAAUUAACUCCUUGUUGCUGAGGUGCUCAGGACUGUGGGAGGCAAUGUGGGAAUGAAGGCCCUCCCUGGAUCUCAGGGAACCCUGUGGGUCUCCUGUGCAACCAUGCCCCACAUUCCCUACCUGAAGAAGCUGUCUGUC